UCGGGACACGUUUCAUUGCUUCAUUAGAUUUCCAUUAAUAAUCAUCCCCCGAACCGCAAAUCCCUGUGGAUUUAAAAUAUUGAACCAUUCCGCGAAGAAAAAUCUAAUUAAAAACAUUAAUCCUUAUUUCAUCAUUUAAGAUCUGAAUUAAUUGAAUUAAUUGAAACGAGCUCCGCCAAUUAUUGAUCAUAGUGGAAAAAUAAUUGAUAGUCACGUAAAAUUCCCUCCAAUUAACUCAAAAUGACAAUUAAAAUGUUAUUAUCAACGAAUAUUGGAAGACUUGAAAAAAUUCCACACUUUAUGCUAUCAUUAUUUACGUGAUUAAUAACAUUAUCUCCUCUGACUCACAACAGUGCAAUUCAUACUGCGAUUAAUCUUCAGUUUAAUAAAGUAGUUUGAAAAACGAAGAUUCAUAAUUGUUGAAUAAAAGUGUCUUCGACUUCCUCGAAAAAUUCAAGCGGUACCGGAAGUGCCUUCGGUUGCUGAUAGUGCAAGAGCUGGUUUCCCGGUACGGCCCACACAUCUGCGGUAAUUUUUAAUCGCCAGAUUGUGCACUCGACAGAGUGCGUUAUUAUACUCGAGUUACCGGGCAACAUCGCAAUUGCGUAGAUCGAGGAAAAUAAAAAUUGUGAACAUGACUAUUUUAAGAAGAAGUGACAUUUGAUUAGAUUGAAAUCAGUGACAUUGACAUGAUGAACCGGUGUUGUCUCGAGGAAAUGACGAAUUAAUUGUUGCGUCAAUCUCGCAUUAUCUCGUGGUUAAGGAGUUAUUUUUUAUCGAUGGAAACUAGUUUCAAGUGCAAAUGAGAUUUUCAAAAGCUAGCAAUGGAGUGAAAGAGCGAGAUCCCUCCACGCACGGUUCAGUUUUUUAUUUGGAGUCUUUGUACCCGCGAUACUGUGGGUACACCAGCUUUGGAACGGUUCCCUGCUUUGGAAUGAUUUACUGACACAACAAUCAUGUCAUCCGGCCUCCGACUCUUCCUUCUCCAACUAACCCUGAUUAUUUCAAUUUCCUCUGGAUUACCAACGGCUCAGAAAUGGGAGAACGCGAUAGAAUCCACAACCGAAGAACUGAUCGCUGUCAAUGAAACAAAAGAAUUCAUCUCCACUCCAGAACCAGAAGGAACAAUCGGUGAUGAAACGUCCCUCGCAUCGACAAGUGAAAGAAUACCGGACACCUCAGGAACUUCAUUAACAACGGAUUACACAACGACAUCAAUUCCCUGGGACGUCACAACAUUCUUAAAUGCUGAAGACAUGCUGAUAACUGCGGUGAAGUCGAAGAAGGAAGUGUCAGAAGAAAUGCCUUCGUCGACAAGUGCAUCGACUUCAACCACUGAAUCACCCUGGCAUACGACGCCCUCAGUUACUCCUCCCUCGAUCGACAGCAAAGACUUCCUCUCCGAAAUCGGAAAAACGACUGUCCCUUCAACUUACCACCAGGUUGUUACGAAUGUGAUGGAGAAGAAGACUAAAACAUUUGAGGGAACAGACGAAACCGAUCCGGCGAAAAUUCAACUAUGCAAACCCUCCGUUCCCUCAGAACAUGAGGACUACAACGACGCUCGGGAUUUCUCGAUGACUAUUGAGAGAGCAGAUGAUGGCUCGAGUGACCCCACCAUCACAGACUCGACCGAAACAUCUUUAACAGUCGCCUGGAAGCCACCAACCAGCAACAUCACUGUUUUGUUCUACAUCAUUGCAUGGAGUCGCAGUGGCGCCUCUGGAGAAAUAGCCUGUCGAAGCUCCAACGAGACAUUCAAUCACACCAUCGUUGACCUUCAGCCCUGCACCAAGUACGACGUCAGGGUAACACCUUACACAGAGAACGGCAAAGAGCAGCAACGGGUAGUCUCUGAUUCCACUAGAUUGAAAGUGGAAAAUGACUCCCUGAAUCUCAAGGUAUCAGCCAGGGGCACUGACUGGCUAAAAAUCGGAUGGAAUUUGCCCAACAAUGAUUGCGUAGACAAGUACAUUGUUGGCCGAUGUGAUUCCAACAACUGCACGUCAGUGGACGUCACCGAGACUUCGUACAAUGCCUCUGAGCUACUUCCAUGCAGAAAGUAUAAUUUCACUGUUUCAGUGCAUGGAAAGGCUGUGGAGUAUGGAAGCACCAGUAUCGAUUCUGAAACUAAUUUCUUACAACCUGGGCAACCAUCUCCAGCAUGGUCAGAAGCAGGGAAGCAGUCUCUGCAGGUCUUCUGGACAUCUCCAGUCGGCACCACCUGCGUAAAUCACUACAGAGUGACAUUAUCCCUGAAUGGCAGUUCCAAAAUUACUCAGACCGUCACAGGGAACGAAACGAUAUUUCACAAGCUGGAAUCAUGCCGAGUGUACGAAGUCACCAUCAUUCCAGUGACCAGCUACAACGAGAGUACCCCCGAGGUGUUUCAAUCCAACCGAACAUUUCCAGCAGUCUUAAAUCCACCAGGACUCCCCCAUGACCCUAUCAUCACAAAUCACGCAAUAUCGAUGCAGUGGCGAGUUUACACAAACGAGGACAAUAACUGUGAAGAUACAAUAUUAAUCUUUCGAUGCAACUUUACCCAGGUACGGGGACAUGGGUAUGACGGGUUGAAUGGAACUACCGAGAAAGUAAUAAAAAAUGGAACAAAAAGUGUCCUUGAAAGGGUUCAAAUAGAGGAUUUGUCCCCCUUCACGCUGUAUAGUUGCUACGCUUCUGCUGGAAACUCUCAGGGGAUGAGUGGCGAGAGCUCAGAAGUGUCUGUAGAAACUAAGGAAGAAGUUCCUUCAUCACCAAUGAAUUUAUCAUCAAAUGACCUUAAAGAUACCGAAUUCGUGCUGAAUUGGAAAGCACCGACGAAGCUCCCUGGUACCUUACUAGAUUUCGAAAUAAAACUCAUUGCCUGGUCUCCAAAUAAUACAUUACCUUCUUGGUGUGAAGAACAAAAAGAAACCAGUGAGACUAUUUCGAAGAUCGGUGGGAACGUGUUCUCGUACAAAUAUCAAAACGCUACUCCAUUUUCAAUGCACAAAACGAAGAUUAGAGCGAAAACCAAUGCAGGAUGGGGUAAUUGGAGUGAAGAGGUUUUCGUAGAAACAAGACCUGGAGCACCUGGGCCAGUUUCGUUCCUCAACUACUCAAUAGUUCCAAAUAUCAACGAUCCAGAUAUCUUAGAGUUUACCCUAUUUUGGGGUAAACCUUGCUCAAUCCAUGGAGAGCGAAUCGAGUACUACAACAUCACAGUUAUCGGUGAGAGGAAGAAUUACAAGCCUCACAAUUUUGUAGAAAAAGUGGAGAGCAGUUUACAUGAAUGCAAGAACGAUAUCUGCACGAAGAGAUUGAAAUUAUGGGAGGAAUAUACCUACAUCUUCAACAUAACUGGAAAGGGAAAGGAUUACUCAAAGCUUGGAGAACCAAAUUCUGUUUCGAAAAUGUUCCCUGCGGGAAUCCCUCCACUCCCAGAGGCGAAUUACACCGCUCAGAUAACAAUUGAUCCGUACAAGGCUCGUAGGACAACAACCACAGCGGCGAUCCUUCUGCCAGUGUUUCCAGACACCUACGGAAAAAUCCGCUGCUACGCAAUUAUCGUUGCCAAAUCUGGAUACAAUAACAUGACCCAUGCAAGGAAUGAUCGCAUCAACGGAGAGUGGCCUGAUACGCCCUCGUGGUUGGAAUCCAAGUCCGAGGAUUUUAAGAUACCGUAUCAAGCGAUUAAAUUCUGUGAUGGCGAUCCCUCCUACAUCGUCGACUACGGUAACUUGAAAGCCGUCAAAUACAUCCUGGGAGACGAUACCGAGAAUUGCCCGAAGCUCUCGUCAAAUAGCCAACAAAGAUCCUACUGCAAUGGGCCCCUGGAACCAGAUACCUGGUACGAUGUGAGGAUGCGGGCCUUCACCAACGGCGGAUAUCAAGACUCGACUAUAUUCACUGUAAAAACAAAUGCUGAAAUGAGAGUGGCAGAAGUCAUUGGAAUAAUAUUCGGAAUUUUGUUUCUUGGGAUUCUGACGACGUUGAUGCUGUUGGUACGGAAAUGCUCUGUUCAAGCGGUCUUGAGGAGAUUUCUCCACUCGGACAUGCCAGGAUCACCGGUCCCUGCGCCAUUCACGAGACGAAAAUUCAUCACUCACUGUCAACAGCUCGCGGAUAACCCCGGUAAGCUCAGUAAUGAGUUCCAGUUGCUCCAGACCCUCAGCGUCGACCUUCAGAUGCCGACAAACGCCGCAUGUCUCCAGGCGAAUAGAAAGAAAAAUCGUUACACUGAUAUUCUACCAUAUGAUUUCUCCAGAGUGAAAUUAGAGCAAAUCGACACUGAUCCCAACAGCGACUACAUAAAUGCGUCGUUCAUAAAAGGCUGCAGUGGGGAGGAGGAGUACAUUGCCUGCCAGGGGCCCAAGGAGGAGACGACCUACGACUUCUGGAGGAUGGUCGAUCAAUACGACGUUAAGCUCAUCGUCAUGCUGACGCAGCUCGUGGAGAAGAACAAGGAGAAGUGUCAUCAGUACUUCCCUACCAUGAAGGAGACUUUUACGUACGAAAAUAUGUCUAUCAGGUGUACCACUGAGUUCGAUUACAGGACGUACACUCAGAGGACUCUAGUCUUGCAAAAAGAAAAUGAAAAGAGAACGAUUACUCAUCUCCACUUCAAAGACUGGCCAGACCACGACGUACCUGAGGACUUUGACCCAAUGAUAAACUUCUGUCAAAUAAUUAGACGUUACAUAACAGCCAAUCCUGGCCUUGCUGUGAUUCACUGCAGUGCUGGCAUUGGACGAACCGGAACUCUUAUUGCCAUUGACAUUCUCCUUCAGCACAUUAAGGAGAAUAGGAAACUCGAUGUCUUUGGCACGGUUUAUAGACUAAGGCAUCAUAGGAUUAAUAUGGUGCAGAGAGAAAGUCAAUAUGCAUAUAUUUAUAACUGCAUUCGACAAGUACUGAAGAACCCCUAUUUUUCGAAAACCUAUAAACCUCCAUCAGUAGAUCCAAUAACCAACGUAAACGGCAAGAAGAAGGAACCAGCAAUAACAAAUCUAGUCAGCAGUCUCGAGACUCUGAGGAAGAGCAGUUUGUCAACGUCAGUAGAAUCAGCCGAGCAAAUCUUCCAUUCAUCAUCGUCCACAUCAUCGAGUCCGAAAUCACGAAAUUGUUUGUCGCUGGGGAUUAAAUACUCGAAAUCGACGUCGGAAAUCUGUUCAAAGCCAUUCAGCAAUCAAAUAGUGAGAUACAACACAUUGGAUUACCCCGUCCACGACAUCGAAAAGGAAGGUAAAUCCAGUACAAGUAGUCUCGACGACUCUGACGAAUCAAGUAAUUCGUUUUACGAGAAUCUUCAGCCGAUGCAUCGAUCCAAAUCUGCGCAUUUCGUUAAUGAAGAUCCAACUGUGACUGAGAAACUACUCGACACAUCACUCUAACCCAGAACUGUUCAACUGGCUGUUAAUUACCUCAAAAAUUAUUUUUCUGAAAACAGCAGUGAUGAUGGACCAAAGCCAUUGAGUCUUUCACAAUUUCAUAAAUUAUAUAGUUAUUACUCUUGUAUUAAAAAUUGUAAAUACUACACUAGGAUAAUUACAAUAAUCAUCAUCAUGCUCUUGAUCAGUCACCAAAUGGAGAAUAUGAUGAAUAAUUUCAUUCGUGACUAUAACUAGACAAAAAUUAUUGAACCAACAAAUUCUCACUCAUUCCGAUCUCAUGAUUAUAUUGUUUUAAUGUAAAACAUAAUUUAUAUGUAAUAAAUGAACUAAGAUGAUAAAAUUAAUAUCGAUA